UCGCUCUCCAUUCUCUCUCUCCCAUUCUGGUACAUGUGCAGAUGAGUAAAGUUGCAGUCACAUAAUGCGGGUGUUAAUGUGAGCAUCAGGCACUGUCCUGCCAUACAGAUGCAUGUGCCAUGAGCAUUGGAUAGCCAGAUCUCCAACUCCAGGGAACUGAUGCUGUGAAACAACAGGUCACAGCAUGGGAACUGCACCAGGCAUUUAACAAGCGGGAGUCGAACUUAAAAAAACAUGAGAAGACGAUGUUAUCCUAAUCAUAAGUUGCACCCUUGUUCAGCUCUGAGAACUGGACUGCUGCUGCAUUUUAUGAUGAAGGCCAGGAUAUUCCAUCUAGAUGAUGUUUUCCAGAUUUUACAAAUGUGCCACUAAAAUAUAAAAGCACUUUCCAUGACCACCCAAAAUCAAGAACAACACAUUGCAAAGGAGAACCUGCUCCAGCUUCCUAUUAAGAUGAUGGUGUUUUACUGCAGACAAAAUGUUCUAGAAAAAGACAAAAAUAAGACUACAACUGCAAGACUGUUGGCAAGUUGUAAGAAUAUUUAAGAUUGCUACAGUAACCGUCUAUAGUCUCAUUGUGAAAGCUUGAGAUCAAGCCAGAAAUUUGGGAUUCAACCAAUAAAUUGAGAAUUGUCCAGAAUAGGAUUGAAAAAUAACUACCGUAAAUAACCAUUUUAAAACAAUUCAAACAAUAGAUUAUAAACAUUGAACUGGAUGUGCAUAAUAAUAACUUGGAUAUAUUUUAUAGUGAAAGCUAACAAAUUCUGAAAAUGUCCACAGGAUGUGAUAUGACAAAAGUCAAAUGAAAAGACGACUGAAGCAACAUUUCUAAUACCUAUAUCACUAUGGUCCUUGUAAACCAGAAUAACACAGUAGAAAGUGUGCCUCUAUGCCUAAAUUGCACACAUCAUGUGGCCACAAUUAAUAUUUCCAAAGCAGUUGUGGUCGGGGUUAUCUUUGGAGGUUUCAUAAUAUUUGGAGUACUGGGGAAUAUUUUGGUCAUUCUGUCUGUAGCCUGCCAUCGACAUCUGCAGACUGUCACACAUUAUUUUAUUGCCAACCUGGCCGUGGCUGACUUACUCUUAAUGUCCAUGGUGCUUCCCUUUUCAGCUACCUUUGAGAUACAAGGAUAUUGGCUCUUUGGUCGCAUCUUCUGCAACAUCUGGGCAGCUGUGGAUGUUCUUUGUUGCACAGCUUCCAUAAUGAGCCUUUGUGCCAUAUCUAUUGAUCGGUACAUAGGGGUUAGUUACCCUCUAAGGUACCCAAGCAUUAUGACUGAAAGGAGAGGAAUUCUUUCUCUGCUUUGUAUUUGGGUUUUAUCCCUAGUCAUCUCAGUUGGACCCCUGUUUGGCUGGAAGGAACCAGCACCAGAAGAUGAAACAAUCUGUGAGAUAACAGAAGAGCCAGGGUAUGUGAUCUUCUCAGCUUUUGGAUCCUUUUAUUUGCCUCUGACUAUCACCCUGGUGAUGUACUUUCGAGUCUAUAUUGUGGCCAAACGAGAGGGCAAAGUCUUAACCCGUGGGAUGAAGUUUGAUAAGUCAGACUCUGAGGAAGUGACUUUGCGCAUCCAUAGAAAAAGCACGCCAGAAAGCAUAAAUUCUACACAUAGCUCAAAGCACAAGACUCAUUUCUCGGUGAGGCUUCUCAAGUUUUCCAGGGAAAAGAAAGCAGCGAAGACAUUGGGAAUAGUAGUAGGAUGUUUUGUGCUGUGCUGGCUCCCAUUCUUUCUAGCUAUGCCCAUAGGUUCCAUUUACCCUCCAGCAAAACCUCCAGAUACAAUAUUCAAAAUUACAUUUUGGCUGGGAUAUUUCAACAGCUGCAUCAAUCCAGUGAUUUAUCCUUGCUCUAGCCCAGAAUUCAGGAAAGCUUUCCAAAAUGUUCUCCAUGCUCGUUGCUCGCCCAGGAGGCAAGCAGCCAGCAAAUACUCAUCAGGCUUCAUCCUGAACAGUCCUGUGAACCGUGGUUCAGAAGAGCUGAAAAAUGUGGUCAGAAUCCCUGUGGGAUCAGGAGAAAAUUUUUACAAGAUCUCAAACUCAGGUGGAGUUUGUGAAUGGAAAUAUUUUACACCAUUGCCCAGUCCCUCGACUCCCUAUGGGGCACCAAGGGACUUCUCAAACUGCUCAACAGCCAGGAUGAACAGUAAGUCCUUUCUGCGGACCUGCUGCUGUAUCGGCACUGAACAGAAACAGAUGUGUCAUGACGUACCUACUAUCAAAAUCCAUAGGAUAUCCAUCAGUGAAAAUGGGGAGGCAAUCUAGAUUAAGGACAUUAAGGACUAAAUUGUUCUAGAGGGAUUUAUUUGUAAACUUGAACUUCGGGGAUGGAUAAAAAUAACCAUUAUUUGGUAUUUUUCAGGAUUUUGCUAACAAAAUGUUCGAAUCCAGCGUAAAUCACUUACAUUCCAUUGUCUUUUACUGAGCCAAACUCAACACAUUUUACCCUGGUUUUAAAAAAAUAUGUCAUUGUGUAUUCUUGCCCCCUCCUCCACUCUAUGGACCAGAUACAAUUUGAACCACAUGAACUUUGCUGCUAUAUAUCCACCCGAAGUCUGCAUGAAAUACUCUGAUAUGCUUAAAAACCUCAAGGUGCUAUGUAAAGGCAAAACUAGAGAAGGGAAAUUUAAACCAUAUCAGUGAUUAUGCAUAUAAUCACAAUGUGUAUAUUUAGUACUGCAGAUCUUUAUAUGCAAUAUAGUGUGACUUUGGUUGCAAGAUUAUUUCCAAGUGACAGCCUCUUGCAGACAUCAGUAAUGCACAUGUAGUCUUCAAAAAUUCACUUUGCAAGCUAAUUUUAUUGAGUCUGGCAUCAAUCCAUGAAUCUGAAAAUACAAUAGCCAUGUGUCUUGAUGUGCAUGUGACAAAAUUGCAUUAAAUCAAAUACACUUGACGUCAUACCUAAAUGUAAUACAGACAUUCUUAGAUUGUGGGAGAUCAAUGAGCAAAUUUCAAUGUAGUAAAUUGAAUAUGACAUGCAGAAAUGAAUUAGGGAAAGUGGAUUUGACAGGAUCAGUGUGGCAUUGCACAAAAUAUGCAUUCCGUUUUCUUUUGUGAAUUAAAUUUCUGUAGAUAUCAGAUUUCCAUAAUAAUGUCGGUAAGGACAACCAUCUUGCUUGCGCAUCGAUAUUGAUUUUGUCCUGCCAUCUCUUGAAAUAUGAUUUGUAAAAAGGGAGACCAUUAAAGGGAUGUUUUAGGAACCAGGCCAAAAUCAGUGUUAUUUGUCGUUUUAAGUUUAAUAUGUUAAAUUGUUUUUGUUACAUGUUUCAUGUUUCUUAAAAAAUAUCUGUUUACUCUGCUCAUCCCUAUUAUCCUAAAAUGCGGCACAAUUUUCCAUAGUACAAUAUGGAUGCACAUCGGUGAUUGUGAUGGUUAAAUACAUUUACAUAGCAUGCUCUGGCUGUGCCGAGGCUGCCAGGAAGUCAAAAUAAAUUAUCAAAAUCAAUGAACAUUAAAAAAAGUGCAAUCUUGUAAGGAUAAUUGUCAGACAAUCUGUAGCUAACUUUUAGUUAAAAAAACUCACAUGUAAUCAUUUCACUGUACUAAUUACAGAUAGGUAGCUGCACUCAACUUCGAUCCAAUAAAUCUCAGUAUAGGAGUGACAGUGAGUGAGUUUAAGGUAUUAUAAAUAGACCCAUUAGAUACCUGCUUAAACAGAACUCUCAUCAAGUAAUGAUAUCACAAACAAAAUAAUUAUAUUGUUUCUUGAAUUGUGUGCUAAUUCUCAAGCAACCGUAGCUGGACGACUGCUUUUAGCAAAUGUAUUUAAUAGUAGCUCACUACACACAAGCAGUCUACAUACUCACUUUUGGUUUUUUUUCAAAAAUAUACCAGAACUUUAAAUUGGUUUAUAUGUGGUUCUUAAAUGUGUGAGUUUUUCAGAGAAGAUUUCACAUAGCACCCUCCAACGAUCCGACUAUAUGUUAUAAAAAAAAAACACACACACAAGACAUAGCACCAGUUUAUAUUGUCUUUCAUGCUGCCAUGACUAUGUGUAUGUAUACUUUUAUAAAUUAAACUCCCUGUUGCGUAUCGCUUACAUAGCCCAAGGCAAGUGUUAGAAAAUGCCUACCUCAGACACAGGCUCAGAUAAAAAUGAUUUCUACAG